UAGGGAGGAGCCGCUCUUCUCACCCUACUCGCUGGUGGCGCGGCCGCCGAGCGGGUAGUCAGGCGGUGUCUAGCCCUGGAGCCGGCGCGCGUUUAUCUAGAAGCCAAUUUGGAGGUUAUGGAGGCCAAGACCAAUCCUGGAACCCAAAAUGAGAAUUCAGAACUUCUUUUCUCCUUUGGCGUCAUAGCAGAUAUUCAAUAUGCUGAUUUAGAAGAUGGAUAUAACUUCCAAAGAACCAGACGGAGAUACUACAGACAUAGUCUUCUUCAUUUGCAGGGUGCAGUUGAAGAAUGGAACCAGAAUAGCACCCCGCUCUGUUGUAUACUUCAGCUUGGAGAUAUCAUUGAUGGGUUUAAUGCACAGCAUAAUGCAUCAGAAAAGUCCCUAGAACUUGUUAUGAACACAUUCCAGACACUCAAAGUCCCUGUCCAUCAUACUUGGGGAAAUCAUGAAUUCUAUAAUUUCAGCAGAAACUAUUUAACAAACUCUAAACUCAACACAAAGUUUCUAGAAGACCACAUUGUACAUCAUCCUGAAACUGUGCCUUCAGAGAACUACUAUGCUUACCAUUUCACACCGUUUCCUAAAUUCCGGUUCAUUUUGCUAGAUGCUUAUGACUUAAGUGUCUUGGGCUUGGAUAAGUCUUCUCCAAAAUACCAGCAGUGUCUGAAGAUACUAAUGGAGCACAAUCCAAAUACGGAAUUGAAUAGUCCUGAAGGACUUUCUGAGCCCCAGUUUGUCCAGUUCAAUGGUGGAUUUAGCCAAGAGCAAUUGAACUGGUUGAAUGCAAUUCUUACAUUCUCUGACACAAACCAAGAAAAGGUGGUGAUUGUCAGCCAUCUUCCCAUUUACCCAGAAGCUUCUGACACUGUUUGCCUGGCCUGGAAUUUUAAUGAUGCCCUGGCAGUCAUUUGGGCUCACAAGUGCGUGGUGUGUUUCUUUGCUGGUCACACUCAUGAUGGUGGCUACUGUGAGGAUCCUUUUGGUGUGCACCACGUCAACCUAGAAGGGGUUAUUGAAACAGCUCCGGACAGUCAGGCUUUUGGCACAGUUUAUGUGUAUCCCGACAAAAUGAUGUUGAAAGGAAAAGGCAGAGUUCCCGACAGAAUUAUGAAUUACAAGAAAGAGAACACUUUCCAUUUUUAAUGUGAUUUCUUUUGUUUACCUUUAUGGAAAAAGAAUGACUUAGGUUUGUUUUUGUUCCCUUCUCCCCACUAAAUCCUCAGUCUCAUUAUUUAUUCUAUUUGAAUAAGAAAAUAUAUUCAUGGCUUCACUGUGCAUUAGCUUAUAAGAUAUUCUGUCAUUUUUGAAUAAUACAUCCAAUGCUGAAAAUUAGGAACAAAAUGAAUGCAAGUGGCAUAAAUAAACCAGGGAAGACUGAGGAUGGAGAAGCAGAUUUUAUGAAGCCUUAUAUGAAUAUUUUUUACUUUUCACAAGCAGAAUCUAUUCAUAUGUUAACUAUGUACUUCAAAUUCACAAUAAGAAAGAAAUACAAUAAACUCAGGUGAACUUUCUCUGUUUACCUUAAUGUGUGAAUGAACUUUGUGAACAUUAUUUUGCUCAGAAUAUCAAGUUUGUACUUUAUAGGUAUAUAUUUCUAUUUUGUAAACAAGAAACAUAAGUUAUUUUACAGGUGAAUGAAUGGGGUUCCCAUCACACAGGUGAAUGUUCUCAUCACACCUUCUUUGUGAGGGUUUAAGUAGGAAGAUCCUGUAGAGGAGUCAGAGAAUCCUCUUAGGGUUCCAGCCAGAACCGCUAUGUCUGCUCACCUGAUCUGUGAGGACAUGCUAAACACUGUUGGACCUGUAUUGAACCAAGCUAACGCCAUUUUGUGCUAACUGCCUUUUCUGAUUCUGUAUCCUGCUUGCUGAGAUAGGAAAUUCCCCAAAUAACUUUGCUGUUAGAGGAAGAAAGCUUGUAAAAUUAAUUAAAUUGAUUACUGUCUUCAAAGGGCCAGGAUAUGGAUCUUAUGAUCAGAUCAUAUGAUCCUAGGGCCCACUGCAAGAAUGUUAUCUCUGUAACAACUAAGUUUCGUUUCCUUGCCUGUAGUGUAUAAAAACUGGUUUCUGUAACUGCUCGGGCCACCCUCUAGAGGGUGUUGGUCUCGACUGGCCGGUAUUCUGAAGCCCAAAUUAAAUCUUGAAUCUGUGUCC